AAAAUUCCCGCAACGGCCACACUACCACGAGACCAAACAAAAACAAACUCACUUUAGUUAAUUAAUUUAAACAAAACUAAUUAUGGCUGUGCUACCACCAGAUCCUGUAUUCAGCCUGCGAUCCCCCGACAUGGGAGCCGUUAACUCACUCUGCUUUCAGGAAAACGAUCGCUUGUUGGCGGGAACUGUGAAAGGCAGUGUUUUCCUUUGGGACUUACAGACCAACCGCUCCGCCCUGCACUUCGAGGUGGGACCCGACCCCAUAACCAGCCUGCACCACACCCCCGAUCGCCUGGUGACUCAGGAGAAGGGCGGCACCAUCACCAUGUUCUCCAUCGGCGGCAGUAGCUACGUAAAGGAGCGCAGCAUUCCAGGCAACCACCUAGGCUUUUGUCGAUCUGCCCUCCACACGGGCACCAGCAACACCAACGAGCAGCUGCUCUUCUAUCCCUGCGAUGAGUCCUCCAUCGGGGUGCUCCAUGUGACAGAUGCAGCUGCCCCAACCCAGAUGCUGGUUCCAGAUGAUCCGCAGCUACCCAAACUGGGCAGUGUCACCUGUUUCAAGCCCUUCGAGUGCGCUUCGCAGCUGUUCCUGCUGGCUGGCUACGAGUCGGGUCACUUCCUCACCUGGGACAUCAGCUCGGGCGUCAUUGUGGAUGUGCUGGAGUUGGCCCAGGAUGCCACGUCCGUUGAUUAUGAUCCGGUUACAAAUCGUGGCAUUGUGGGUAGUCCAACCGAUAAACUGAUUAGUUUCAGCUACCAAAGACCCUCGAUGCAACUGCAGAAGGGCUCGGAGCUGUGCAUCAAGAAUCCUGGCGUGAAUUGCGUCCGUAUUCGGUCCGACCAGAAGGUGUUCGCCAGUGGCGGCUGGGACGGACGCAUUCGGAUCUUCUCAUGGAAGAGCCUCCGUCCUCUAGCCGUGCUCACGCAGCAUAAAAAUGGCGGAGUGAUGGACCUGGCAUACUCCAGUCAACAGGUGGCCAUGUGGCGGGCUCCCAUCAUGGCGGCAGCAGGCAUGGACAGCCAGAUAUCCCUGUGGGACCUCUACAAUUAAGCUGCGAUCUAAUCUUAAGUGUUACAGUGUCUGUACUAGAAACCUUUGGAUGCAACGAUCCAGAAAUCCUCUUGAAUUCACUUUUAAAUUUUUGUAAUGAGCUUUGAAUAGUGGCUUUGGCAAAUGUUAAUGACUAUAGUUAUGUUUGAAGCCAAUUGAUUGCUUUGGCAACAUACUAUACAUAUCGUAGGUGCCUGCAGCUAGUUUCGAUAAUAUUAAGCACCUAAAAUUAAUUUCCUUUUGGAACUCCUUGAGGAAAAUGAGAUAUUUGAAUGAAGUGUAUGUAAUCAUAUUAAAGUUUAUAUGAAAAUAA